UUUGUUGAAACAUUCUGGAACAAUUCUGGAACAACCUACACGACGCGCUCACAGCCCAUGACAUUUAAUGAAACAACAUCGAAGCAAAAUCUGCGAGUAAACACAGGAUUUGAGGUCCAGAAGCGAGGUAUUUUGAAAACGUUCGUUGGUCCUCCACUAGUUGAAAUGAUAUCCGGAGUGUUGGUUGCGUGCUUUCUACUCGGGGGUGUGAGUGCCUGCACGGAGAAGACUGCGACACCAGACAGGUUGCAGUCAGUGAGUGUGACUGAUAACCCCAUGCAGGGGGAACAAAUUGGGCGAGCUGCACCCAUGCAAAUACAGAAUGUGAGAACCACAACCAUCAAUGACAACCAGGAGAAUACCUCACCAACAAACGACCCAGGGACGUACGGGGAAGGAAGCGUGAAUCAAGGAGAAAUAGCUCAUUCGGAAACUGUUGCUACGGAAACGCUGGAAAUCACAACUAGUCCCGAUCCUUACGACGGCCCAUUCUGCAAGGCGCAAAAGUCCUGGAAACUUCGCUGGCCUAAGACUAGGCCAGAACAGACUGCCUUAGUGCAAUGCCCCGGCACAUCCACAGGCUACGCAUCAAGGUACUGCGGGCUGGUAAAGUGGCCGAAAGAAUGGGCUUACUGGGCCUUCCCAAACUUUCAGGAUUGUAAGGAAAGUUCUCCCGAUGAAGACGAGGAACCAACGGAGAUUCCUUGGUGUCCGCGUGACACCAGUUACGCAACGCUGUGGCCAGAUACACUCGUGAAUACAACGGCCACUGCUAAAUGUCCAAAGAACCUGACUGUGUACGAUGAUUUGAAUGCUACAAGGCGAUGUGAAUGGGCGACAGUGGAUGGCAUCAAGACCGCACAAUGGCAAGCAGCAGAUCUUAUGGACUGCAUAGUAUCCAUAAUUAACGCUUCAACACUCAUACCUGCUGAUGAAGUGCAGCAAACGAUGGACGACUGGUUGGACGACCAUUCGUGUACCAGGGAAGUCACAACCUCAGCAUUAGGAACUUUUGAAUGGAACACCACUAUCGUUGGAGGAGUAUCCAGAUCCAACUGCCAAUAUGGAUUCAUUUUGCCGUCAAAGAAAAUCCUCGAGUUUAUGGAGGUGAGCCUGUGGCUAACGACAACUCUGAACAAACUAAACAAAAAUCUGACUGCUUCAAACCUAACCGAGAAACUCCAACAGGUCGGACAAAACAUCUCGAAAUUCGCCGAGAACCUGCGAGACUUCAUAGUCAACAAGUCUUCUGAGAUAAUUGAGGAUAUAGUGGCGAGCAAUUCCACUCAAAGCAAGUUAUAUAACGGUCUUUCUGAUUGGCUGGAAACUUGGAAAGACAAGUUUUCUUAUUUCAGCGACCAAUCGGAGGACUCGGACAAUUCGAGGGCAGCGCGGGUGAGGAGAAGUGACGAUACGGGGUCCGUAGGUAAUACUGAUUUCUUCAAGUGGCUGACUGAUGAAGCAACUCGAUUGACUGUACCAGCAGCGCUGAUAGUCUAUUCCACUGUGAAAAGCGGGAAACAGAGCGUGACCUAUGACCUGAGAGGGAAGGACAAGUUCAGUAUCGACAUUGACGACUUGAGGAGCAGUCUAACAGGCCCAGACGAGAAUGGGGGAUCCUGGCCCGCCAAAUGGCGUAGUCGGAACCUACACCAAGUCAACGGUCAAGAACUGGCAAAAGACGGGGAAGCGCAAGGAGGCUGGAGUUUGAAAGAAGCCAUAAGUCGCAUCAAGAUCCCAGAUAUUACCUGCAUUGUUGAGGCCUUUCGCAACCUCUCCAGAACACCCUUUCGAAUGUGUCUACCAGCUGCUAAUGGCGGAGAUGUGAUCUGGGAUAAAGCUGAGACGUGGAUGUGUCGAUCAGAGAACGCUACUCUCUCUCAAGACCUUGAUCGGGCGAUAAGGGAGACCAAAAACUUCGGCUUAGGAAGUACGGCUGACCUGACAUUCAUUAAAGUCAUCGUGAACCUGUGGACAUUCAUAGAAGAAUGGAGAAAUACCAUUCCCGAGGUUAUCCUGAUGGUCAUCCAGGUCAUCAAUCACCUGUUAUCGCUACCAGAGCCUAUUAUACCGCAACAUUUUAGUAACAUAAUCAUUAAGACCAUCGAAAACUUGCCAAAUCGUCCACUGCCGAAUAAUGUGACCAGCGUUAAGAUUAUCACGGAUAAUAUAGUACUGGCAAUGGAAAAGGUGGAACAGGACACCUUUAGCGGUGCUCUCUUUGCUUCCAUCAAACCCAAUGAACCUACAGAAGCAUACCAAGCGGACGACUAUGGUGACUCAAUGUCUUCACCGAGUAACGGAACAAAGAUUGGUGACAAUAUUUUUGAGCAUAAAACUGGCGCCCUCAACGAGAGUCUUCAGGGAUUGGAUUUGGACAAUGUGGAUGAAUACUUUUAUGUACCAGAAAGUAUUUUCACCACCAACCAGCCCACCCAGUAUAAUACAUGUGAUGGAGUCAACGGAACCACAGCCUCUGUCAAUACAUCCAUGCUUCAGUUUGUCGUUUAUGAGAACGACCAGCUGUUUCGUGCAAUGGAUGACGAAGUUGCCGUGACAUUGGCGGAGGAUUUCACGGAGAGCAACCAGGCAGACUGGAAGGUGACAAGUCGAGUAAUGUCUGCGACUCUUGGCGGUCACUGCGUCUGGGGCCUGAAAAACCCGGUCAUUUUUAGUCUGAAGCAUCAUAACCCAGUUGGAGACGGCGGUUCCCGACUCUGCGUGUAUUGGGAUUUCAAGGAGAGAGGUGGUUCUGGCUCGUGGUCUACCGAAGGCUGCAGAGUUAGCAUCGCGUCACGUGAUCAUACAAUCUGUGAAUGUAAUCAUCUCACCAACUACGCUGUCAUCAUCGAUAUCGGGGCUCAACUAGGCAGAGGAAGUCUGCCUCAGGAACACAGUAUGGCCUUGGAAAUCAUCAGUUAUGCUGGAUGUUCACUUUCCUUGAUUGGUCUGAUUAUAACAAUGGGAAUGCUGAUAUCUGUCAGGAAACUCCGAGAAGCAAAGACAACCCCGACCCGCCUGAUGCUCUGCCUCUCACUCAUCAUCUCAAUGACCUUCUACCUGACUGGAAUAGACCAGACAAGCAACCCACGCGCAUGCGCGGCAUUUGCUUGCUGCAUUCAUUACUUCACGUUGGUGGCGCUCAUGUGGAUGGGCGUGGAGGGGGUGUACUUGUACCGGAAUAUCGUAGUGGUUGCCAUGAACCCGACUAGGCAUAUGUUCAAACUAUGCUGUACUGCAGCUUGGGGCGUACCAGCUAUUAUCGUCGGAUGCAUCGCGAUAUUUGACUUGGAGGCCUAUGGCAGUAAUGAGAGAUGUUGGAUUUCCAACUCGACUGUGUUCUUUGCUGCCUUUCUCGGCCCUGCUCUACUGAUCGUCACCUUGAAUUUCAUGGUAUUCUUCAUGGUCAUGUGGGUGUUAUUCCGACGGCCGUUUGGUGCGCGACGUUACACCUCAGGCAAGGAGCAUCGCGAGUUCGCACGCAGACGCAGAGAGAUCUUUGGUAUCAUCUCCAUAACAGCUCUGCUUGGUCUUACAUGGAUCUUGGGGUCUUUCUCUAUGGGUGAUGUCGGUGUCCGUUUGACAUCUCUCUACCUGUUCACCAUCUUCAACUCCGCUCAGGGGUUCUUCAUCUUUCUCUUCUACGGCCUUCUAUCCUUCUUGACCACUCGGGGUAUCAAGUCACCGCACACAGGCACCCCUCCUCUGACCAACACGGCGGCAAAGCUCAGCCAGUUCGCAGUCUCCACCGUAGCACUCAACAAGACCAUCCUUCAGAUACAACAAUGUCGCUCACGCUCAAAGCAAAACAGCAGCUCUGGCGAGAGCAUCGUGACGUCAUGCAGUGAUGUCCAGCUGGAAUUCGGACACGACAACCCAAGUUUUCAGCCUGACCUUCUGCCAGCGAAAGCUAAACAAGAAAUGUUCGCUGGUGAACAACAGCCCCAAACCCCGGACCUGACACCCUGUAGCUUUGUGCUGUCCGCUGGGAUCUUGAAUGCAGGGAACCAGCAUAGCUUGAUCUAUCUGAUGGAUUCAGAGUCCAGUGGCACAUUGUGGGCGGGGCCUCAGCACAGUAAGAAGGAUGAGUUUGUACUUGGCACGGGCAUCAUAUUUUGUGGAAAGUCAUAAUAAACUCAGUUUCAACCCGAAUAUCCUUGGCAGAUGUUGCGAAAGAAAAGGCAUAUCUGCGCUGCGGCUCCAAUUCAAUAAAUUCUCACUAAAAUUGUAGUUAUUAUUCCGACAGAAAAACAAAAUCAACGCCAGUGCGCUAGGAACUGCUCACAUGGGUAUCAUUUUGUGAAGCGAAGGAAGUUUGCCGAAACAAAAAGAGUGCUAUAUUAAUUAAUUUACAAGCCAGUGAGAGAUUCAAUUGCUUGCGAAAUGGAAAGAAAGGGACAGGACUAUUGAAACAUGAAACACUACCUUACAGUUGGAGGAAACUCACUUUAAGACGUGACUGCGCAGAAACCAGAAACGUCUAACCUAAUGUAAAACUGACAAGGGGCAAGCACUUUUUUUAUAAAUAAUUUUUUUUAAAUCAAUUUGCAGGAAAUAACGAUUUCACAAAAGAAGAGCAAAUUUAAUAUGUUGGUAUGAAUGUUGCAAAUCAAAUAUGUUUUUUUAUAAAAAAAAGUGCUGGCGAAACUUUUUUUAUAAAUAAUUUUUUUAAAAUCAGUUUGCAGGAAAUAACGAUUUCACAAAAGAAGAGCAAAUCAAAUAUGUUGGUUAUGAACAAUGACUGGCACGUCAGUGUUGAAUUUAACCAUGUAUUCGUGAUGAUAUUUAAUUAUCUCGAUCUGUACAUGCCAGCACUUCAAGUUACAACGACAUUAACGGUUUGUCCUCCCCUUUUCAAUUUCAUUAGAGCGAAGAAAAGGUUGACAUCAUACCUUUUCUUUAUUUUUUCCCGUACUACUCAAUUUUUGCAGUGCACUGAGCAAAGUUAAGUUUUGGUCUGCAUUGCGUAUAUAAACACAAACGUGAAAUGGCUCCCCUAUUUUUCAUCAACAGAUUUUGUUGCCAACUUUUCUCGCAAAUUGCUAACACUGAAAAUGAAACGACGAGAAAGUGUUCGGUAUUCGAGGUCAAACGAGCCCGUUUGUCUGCUGAGGCACUUCAUUCAAAAUCGUGCAAAUUCGCAAGUAACGAUGCUGGGUGAAUUGGUGUUUUUAAUUUUGCAGAUAAUGAUAUGAAUUAUUUGGUUGAAUCGUGCCUUUGAUGAUACACGUAAAGACACUGGUGUAUUAUUUUUGUAUUUACUCUUUUUUUGAACUUGUAUAUUGAAAACGUUUUAAUGUUUUGUUAGCGAUUAAUUAACACAAAUCACACCGUCCCCCCCCCCCAAAAAAAUGGAGGACAUUGCAAAAUUAAAUUACAAACGCAUUUUAGUCUCCGAAGAUAAGAAAUGCAAACACAAGGACACUGGGUCUGUUAUCAAAAUCACGUUUAAACGCGAAGACAUGAACAAAAAGUAUGUCACUUGAGAAUAUCAGUUCAGAAAGUUUAUUUGUGUCUAAGACAACAUAUGUGAUAUGCGCCUUCUCAUGAAACACGUAUAUUUUCCCCUGUAAACAUCCCAGGGAUGGAGGGAUGUUUAGGUUAAUUAUUUGCAAUCAUGCAGUGACUUACCUUGCCCUCCAAACAUAAUUUUAUUUCAAGUACAUUUGUUCUUUAAAGUAGCCUAUACGCACGUAAUAAAAAACUAAAUUGACAGUUAACAAGGGGGGGGGGGUUGACUG